UAUUUUUGGGUUCUCUCUCUCUCUCUCUCUGCUGAUUAAGCACAUAAUUUUUUUGUUUCUGUGCGUGUUGGACUGUUGGGGGUAUCUUUAUAUAUGUGUUCUUGAUAUUUAUCCAAUUUCCAGGUUCAAGUCUUGUCGUCUUCUUUCAGCUGAAUCUGAGUUCUCUGUGGAGAGAGGGCAGCUCUGAUUUUUUUUUUCUUGAUGGAGAGUGUCAUGGCCGGCGGGAUCUUUCUCCCCAGGAGCAGCGAAACUUUUCCGGCCGGUCUCCGGGUUCUCGUCGUCGACGAUGAUCCAACCUGGUUGAAGAUUCUUGAGAAGAUGCUCAAGAAGUGCUCAUAUGAAGCUGCAGGAGUCUAUAGGUGGACCGAAUCUUUCUUGAGAUUAUUCUUUCCUUUUUUUGACUGAUGAGGGAAACCUGCAGCCAUUACCCGAGGGUGUGCAUUGGGUAAACCUCGCCUUGUGACCUUAGCCGGCAAAGGACCAUAAAGAGUAACUACAUGUGGCCUUGCAACGGAGGCUAUUGGCCUGCUCCGAGAAAGAAGAAAUGGAUUUGACAUUGUAAUAAGCGAUGUUAACAUGCCUGAUAUGGACGGUUUCAAGCUUCUGGAACUCGUUGGACUCGAGAUGGACCUUCCAGUUAUAAUGAUGUCUGUUGAUGGAGAAACAAGCAGGGUUAUGAAGGGUGUACAGCACGGUGCAUGCGAUUAUCUUUUAAAGCCUAUAAGGAUGAAGGAGCUAAGAAACAUAUGGCAGCAUGUAGUUAGGAAGAGGAUGCAAGAAUCACGAGACAUAGAUAAUCACGAAUCAGACCAAUUCGAUGAAGCUUGGAUGCUUAAUGGAAUUGAACUUCAAUCGGGAAAGAAAAGAAAAGAUUUUGAUUACAAGUUUGACGAGAGAGAAACAAGUGAUUCUAAAAGUGGCGACCCUUCCUCUGCGAAGAAGCCUAGGGUAGUUUGGACGGUAGAACUCCAUCAGAAAUUUGUCAAAGCCGUAAAUCAGAUUGGAUUCGAUAAGGUUGGUCCGAAGAAAAUUUUGGACUUAAUGGGUGUACCUUGGUUGACUCGAGAAAAUGUUGCUAGCCACUUGCAGAAGUAUCGCCUAUACUUGACCAGGUUGCAGAAAGAGAAUGAGCUUAAAGCCUCGUCCAGUGGGACAAAGCACCCGGAUCUCUCUCCAAAAGAAUCCUCUUCAAGUGCGUGCCUUCAGAAUUUAGUUGACGUGAAACCAAGCAAGUCAACAAAUGGAAAGUAUUCUUUUCCUGGGGAAAAUUUUUUCGUGCAAGAGGUUGAGUCCAGAAAUUACGAGGGCGAGGUUAAGGCUGCUGCUUCGUUGUCAACAGCGGGCGUGAGUGAUUCUCAGAAGAGUAUCAGUUGUUCAAAAGCGAGCUGUGUACCGGUUGAUUCUGUUGAUCUAGAACACGCGGGUGAGAUCCCUAUACAAUAUUGCUGGGCUAGUGAAGUUUCCAAAACUGGUUUCAAACAUGAAUUCAAGCCACCGCAGAUUCAAACAGAGGACAACGUUAACCAUCUACCUUCACCGAAGCUUCCUCAACAUGUCCAACUCGAUCAAGCACAACCUCUCCUCAAUCUCGCACCUCACAAAGACAUAAACCCCGGGGAAAUAAAGAGUAAGCCUACCAAAACUCCCGGGGUAAGAACAGUAUCUCCGUUAGAAUGUGCUGUAGACUUGUUGCCUGCUCAGCCUCAGAGUUGCUUGACAAAUUUUCAAGCUUUCGAGCAAAUUCCCAGUACUACAUGGAGCAUGAAGAUUCCCGAAUCCAUAGAGGGAAACCUUUUUCUUGGAGGUGGAUCAUGGGACAAGGAUUUUAAUGCUGCUGCUCUUCAAGGUGAAUUUCAUUCCCCAUGUGUUGUUGGCCCUCAAAGUUUAGAGCUUUUGGACUACAGCAACACAAACCUCACUGGUGAAAUACAACCUUACUUGUAUGACUAUGAGUAUGCCAUUGAUCCUGUGAUAGAUCAUGGUCUGUUUAUAUUAUGACCAUGAUUCUCUUCAACAUUAUUAGACUGUCAUAGAUUUCCAUGAAAGAUAAAUCCUGCUACUGUGUUGGAAGCAUGCUUUUUUGACACUGUGAAUAAUGUCUUGCCUGAAAUAUUUGUACCAAAGUGUUAUCAAAUAACAACCUUCUUGCUUGUAUUAGUUCUGCACCAAUAAACCCUUCUCUCUUUUGUUUUGUA